AUGGCUACGCAGAACGAUACGGAUGUGACGAUGGCGCAGGAGGUUGAGACCUUUGCCUUUCAGGCGGAGAUUGCUCAGCUGAUGAGCCUUAUCAUCAAUACCUUUUAUUCGAAUAAGGAGAUUUUCCUCAGAGAGUUGAUUUCAAACGGGUCUGACGCCCUGGAUAAGAUUCGUUACAAGAGCCUAACAGAGCCCUCGGUCCUCGAUACUGAACCAGAGCUCUGCAUUAAGAUUAUUCCCAACAAAGCGGAGAGCACGCUGACGAUAAUUGAUACCGGUAUUGGGAUGACGAAGGCGGAUUUGGUGAACAACCUCGGUACCAUCGCACGAUCUGGAACCAAGGCGUUCAUGGAAGCGUUGAACGCGGGUGCGGAUAUCUCUAUGAUUGGACAGUUUGGCGUCGGUUUCUAUUCCGCGUACCUCGUGGCGGACAAAGUUCAAGUUAUUUCUAAGAAUAAUGACGAUGAACAAUAUUUGUGGGAGUCAUCAGCUGGUGGCUCUUUCACCAUCCGUCCGUGCAGUGAAGAGCCUCUGGGUCGCGGUACCAAGGUGGUUCUGCACAUUAAGGAGGAUCAGUCGGAGUAUUUGGAGGAGCGCCGCAUCAAGGAGGUUAUUAAGAAGCACUCUCAAUUUAUCAGUUAUCCUAUCAAACUUUUCGUGGAAAAAGAACGAACUAAGGAGGUCUCAGAUGAUGAGGAGGAGGAGGAAGUGAAGGAGGGCGAGAAGGCAGAUGAGGAGAAACCCGAAGUGGAAGACCUCGAUGAAGAGGAAUCCGAGGAGGAGGGCGGAGAAGCGGCCGGAGAGAAGGCCGAGAAGAAGAAAAAGAAGAAGAAGAAGCAGAUUAAGGAGAAGUACAUCGAUGAGGAGGAGCUGAAUAAGACCAAGCCUCUGUGGACCAGGAACCCGGAGGAUAUUACGCAAGAGGAGUAUGGGGAGUUCUAUAAGUCGCUGAGUAACGAUUGGGAAGAUCAUCUGGCCGUCAAACACUUCUCAAUCGAAGGCCAGCUGGAGUUCCGUGCUUUGUUGUUUGUGCCAAAGCGUGCUCCAUUUGACUUAUUCGAGAACAGGAAGAAGCGAAACAAUAUUAAGUUGUAUGUCAGGCGUGUGUUCAUCAUGGACAAUUGUGAAGAUCUUAUUCCGGAGUACCUAAACUUCAUCCGUGGUGUCGUGGACUCGGAAGACCUGCCUCUUAAUAUUAGCCGAGAAAUGCUUCAGCAGAACAAGAUUUUGAAAGUAAUUCGAAAGAAUUUAGUCAAGAAGUGUAUGGAAUUGUUUGAAGAACUGGCGGAGGACUCUGAGACCUAUAAGAAAUUCUACGAACAAUUCUCGAAGAACAUUAAGCUUGGAAUUCAUGAAGACAGUACAAAUCGCAAGAAGUUGUCUGAGCUGUUGCGGUACUAUUCAUCUCAAAGUGGUGAUGAGAUGACUAGUCUCAAGGACUACGUUUCUCGCAUGAAGGAGCACCAGAAAGACAUAUAUUAUAUCACUGGUGAGAGUAAGGAGAGUCUUGCAAACUCCGCCUUCAUUGAGGUGUUGAAAAAGCGUGGACUUGAGGUACUGUACAUGGUGGACCCAAUCGAUGAGUAUGCAGUGCCACAGCUGCGUGAGUAUGAUGGGAAAAAGUUGGUUUGUGUGACUAAGGAGGGUCUUGAACUCCCUGAAGAUGAUGAGGAGAAGAAAAGGUUUGAAGAAGUUAAGGCCUCAUUUGAGCCGACUUGCAAGAAGAUAAAGGACAUCUUGGGAAACAAGGUUGAGAAGGUUACGGUGUCAAACAGAUUGACUACGUCUCCCUGUUGUAUUGUCACUUCCACAUUCGGCUGGUCUGCUAACAUGGAGCGCAUUAUGAAGGCCCAGGCCUUACGCGAUUCUAGCACGAUGGGUUACAUGUCCGCCAAAAAGCAUUUGGAGAUAAAUCCGGAGCACAAGGUUAUGAUCCGUCUCAAAGAGAUGCUGUCGGCUGAGGGUGAACCGAACAAGAUUUGCAAGGAUUUAAUUAAUAUGCUUUUCAGCACAGCUCUGCUGGCCUCUGGAUUUACUUUGGAGGAUCCAAAGGCACACGCCAACAAAAUUCAUGAGCUAAUAAGUAUGUGUUUGGAAAUUCCAGAGGACGAGACGAUGAAAGAAGAGGAUAAGGCUACUACUCCUAACGACGCCGCCGCACCUGUCGAGGCUGGUGAUGAUAAUGCAGCUAUGGAAGAAGUCGAUUAA